AUGAGUUCCAAAGAAAAUUUAACUGAGCACCAAAGUAGGUAUAUUCAAAAAGACAAUUAUGUUACUGCUUUAAAUUCAGAAGAGGAUACUGGCACUCCAACCUACAAAGAUAAAUUCAAUCAACUCCUAGAGAAAACAAAUUGGUUGGAAAAUGCUCAGGAACCUGCUGAAUUCUCAAGCAAUAAUAGUCAACCUCUCAUGGCCUCAGUCAUCACUCAAGUCCUUUAUCUGCCUCUAGAGGAGGAACAGUAUGUGAAUCAGUUUGAUGAAGGUAGACAAGGAAAAUUCUACCUAGAUAUCAUGCAAAAGACUGGUGCCAACCUAGAAUUAACUUUUGUCAAAGACCAAGGCCUCUGCAUUAAAGUCUCUGGUAAGCCAGAAACUGUCAUGAAAGCUCAAAAGGAGAUUUUUGCAUGGUUUCAGGAUCAAGUUUUAACCACAGUGCCCACUCCCAAAGAACAUCAUUGCUUUGUUAAAGGCAAGACAGGAGGAAAAAUACAAGACUUGGAACAAAAAGAUGCAACCAACAUCCAGCUUUUACGCCCAGAUAACCAGAGCAACUGGAUUAAUAUUGUUGACACCAAAGAGGUUAUGAAGAAGGCUCUACAUAAUGUCUUACUUAUAUCUGCUGAACAAGACAAGUGUGCUGCAGAGAAGUCACAUGUAAAAAAGGCUUUUUAUCCUUUCACUCCUGGACCAUGCAAUAAAACUUUUGACAAAAUUAUACAGGAAACAGAGGCACCCAUCCAUAUUCCACCACCUAGUGUCAAUCAGACACAAAUAGGCUUUACUGAAAACAAGCAACAACUUGAUCAGGCUCAGGCUUAUGUAAAAGAUAUUUUUGAGAACACCAAAAAGAAAACCACACCCAUAGAUGUGGAGAUGAAAUUUCAGCACAAGUGUACGAUAGGUGCCAAGAAAAAUUCUGUUAGGGAGAUCUUGGAAAGAACUGGAAUUUCAAUAGAGAUCUCACCCUUAGAAAGCACGUCAGAUUCUGUGACACACCACGGUGAGUCUGAAAGCUUAAGAAAGGCAUUUACUAAAGACAGUUGGAAGACCAAGGUUUAUACUGUUUCCUCUAUCUCUGUACCUUCUUGGCUUCACAGAUUUAUUAUUGGUAAGAAAGGCUGUAAUAUAUCCAAAAUCACUCAGAACAUGCCAAAAAUUCGCAUAGAAUUUACUGAAGAAGACAAAAUUACAAUAAAAGGACCAACAGAAGAUGUGAAUUAUGCUCAAGAACAAAUUGAGGUCAUAGUCAAAGAUCUAAUUAACAGGAUGGACUAUGCAGAAAUCAAUGUUGACUAUAAGUUUCACAAGCACCUGAUAGGAAAGAAUGGUGCUAUCAUAAACCAAAUUGAAGACAGGAAUAAAGUUUCUGUGCUAAUCUCACCUAAAAAUGAAAAGAAUAACUUGAUCAGAAUUGAGGGGGAAUCUCAGGGUGUCCAACAAGCCAAGAGAGAACUUCUUGAACUUGCUGGUCAUUUAGAAAAUGAACACAGCAGGGACUUAAUCAUUGAGCAAAGAUUUCACCAUGUAAUCAUUGGGCGGAAAGGUGAACGGAUCCAGGACAUCUGUAAGAAAUUCCCAGAGGUUAAGAUUAAUUUUCCUGACCGAGCACAAAAAAGUGACAUUGUCCAACUUAGAGGGCCAAAACAUGAAAUAGAAAAAUGCACACAGUAUUUGGAGAAUGUGGUGACAGACAUUGCAGAAAGUAGCUAUUCUGUAACUAUUCCCAUCUUUAAGAAGCCUCACAGAAAUGUGAUUGAAAGAGGAGGUGCAAACAUAAAAAAAAUCUGUGCAGCAAGAAACACUAAAAUUAAUCCUCCAUCAGCAAGUGGCAACUCAGAAAAUAUUGUCAUCAGUGGAAAACCAGCAAAUUGUGAAGUAGCUUGUAACUGGAUUCUUUCGACUCAGAAACAUAUAACCAAUAUUGCAGAGGUGGAAAUUUAUAUUCCUUCCAAUCUACACAAAUCUCUCAUUGAUUCUAAAGACUGUUUGAUUGGUUCAAUCAUGGAAGAAUGUGGAAGGAUCCACAUCCACUUUCCAAAAACCAACUCAGACCUUCAAAGAGUAAUUAUUAGGGGCCCUACUCAAAGUGUUGAAAAGGCCAAGAAAAAGCUGCUACAACUAGCAGAAGAAAAACAAACCAAGAGUUAUGUUGUGAUUCUCCAUGUAAAGCCACAGUAUCACAAAUUUCUCCUGAGUAAAAAUGGUGGCAAUGUUCCCAAAGUCUGUAAUGAGACUGGAGCAUGCAUCAUCUUCCCUAACCCUGAGGACAAGGAUCAAGAAUUGUUAACUAUCACAGGGACAGAGAAGGCUGUCAAAGAUGCACAAAAGGAACUAGAGGCUCUAAUUACAAAUCUAGAUAAUGUGGUAGAGGACAACAUACUGAUAAAUCCCAUUUACCACCAUCAUUUUCUCAUGAAAGGAGGCCAGGUUUUACGUGAGAUGACUGAGGAGUAUGGUGGUGUUAUUAUUAACUUUUCACAUUCAGGAAAACAGAGCAAUAAAGUCACAAUCAAAGGAACAAAAUUAUGUGUGGAAGCAGCCAAGAAACACAUUCAAGAGAUUAUUGAGAACUUGGAUACUCAAGUCACAACAGAAUGUGUUAUUCCCCAGAAGUUCCAUCAUUUUAUCAUGGGACCAAUGUGUUCUCGAAUCCAACAAAUUACUAGAGAUUAUAAUGUCCAAAUCAAAUUCCCAGACAAAAAGGAGAACUCAGUUACUAAUAUAGAUCCAGUUGUUCAGAAAAAUGAGGAAGAAAUUAGGGAAAAGAGCACUACAGAAGCUGCUGAUAUUUCCCCCCAAAAAUGUGACACCAUAUUUAUCUCAGGCCGAAAGGAAAAGUGUAAAGCAGCCAUGAAAGCCCUUGAGGCUUUAAUUCCUGUGACUGUUGAAGUAGAUGUGCCCUUUGACCUACAUCAUUAUAUCAUUGGUCAGAAAGGAAGUGAGAUACAAAAGAUAAUGGAUGAGUUUGAAGUUAAUAUACAGAUGUCAGCACCUGGAUUAGAGUCUGAUACGAUUUUCAUCACCGGCAUUGCUGCAAAUGUGGAACAAGCCAAGGCUAGAUUACGAGAACAAGUGAAGGCUUUACAAAAUGAAGUAGAAGAUCAGGUAUUAAGAAAUUUUAAACUCAAGUUCACAGUAGACCCCAAACACUACCCUAAGAUCAUUGGUCGAAAAGGGUUAGUUAUUACUCAGAUUUGCUUAAAGCAUGAAGUUGCUAUUGAUUUUCCAAGUAAAGGGAGCAAUAAGAUACAAGACCAAAUCACCAUUACUGGAUAUGAAAAUAACACCAUAGCUGCCCAAGAUACAAUAAUGAAAAUGGUGCAUAAAUUUGAAGAAACAAUUACUAAGCAAAUCCCACUAAACCACCGUGUUCAUGGCCACAUUAUUGGAUUCCAUGGAAAAACCAUUCAUAAAAUCAUGAAUCAGUUCCAAGUAGACAUCAAUUUCCCUUCGAGAAGAGCCCCAAAUCCAAAUAUUGUCACUGUGAUUGGACUCCCUAAUAACGUCACAAAAGCAAUUGAUCAUAUCCUCAGUCUUGAGAAACAUUAUCUAGCUGUUAUCAAAAAGCAUGAGUCUCAGCAGGAGCAAAGAAAGAAGAUCUCUCUGUGCAAGUUAUCCUAUGCUCCAUGCAAGAGUUUUGCAGUAAAAGAUGUUCCCUGUACCGAAAACACCAUAGAAAAGAUCCCAGACAUAAACAAUUUUGAAGAUUUUCCCAGCUUGGGGCAUCAAGUGGAUCCUAAGGGUCACUCUUGGAGAGGCAAACAAUGA